ACUGUACCGUGCCUUCGACAGAUUUGGCUGCGGUGUUUAAUUAUAAUUCCGUGUUGUGAAACUGAAAGAGUAAUUUUUCCUGUAAAUGACUUAAGAUAUAUCAACGAAAUCCCACAAAAAUGGAGAGCAAUGGAAGUCUAGAAGAAGUGGAAGAGACGCCGCAGCCGUCCAAGCAUGUUCGCCAGUCCAGCGGGUCGAGUUUAGACAACGUAACGUUGGCCAUUCCUGUCGUGUCGCGGCCGCCGCCGCAGCCGCAGCCGCAGCAGCAGCAGCAGGGCGGAUCACCGACCGACAACGCCUCCACGGAACCGCCGGCUGACCGCCACGAUCGUGAGCCAGAGGAAGCGAAGUCAUCCGGGGGCAAGCCAGUACAGUCCGAGGAUUUACCGCUUCUGCUUGGGGAGAAAAGCGAAGAAGCAGCGAAGGAUGUGACUUAUUUAUGCCCAUUCACCGGGCCGGUCAGGGGCACGCUCUAUAUCACCAACUACAAGUUAUAUUUCAAAGGAGUUGAGAGGGAGCCACCGUUCAUUCUGGAUGUACCGCUGGGAUCUAUCUACAGAGUGGAGAAGGUGGGCGGGGCAACAAGCCGGGGGGAGAACUCCUACGGGCUAGAGAUUUUCUGCAAGGACAUGCGGAACUUGAGGUUCGCCCAUAAGCACGAGCAGCACUCCAGGCGGAAUGUCUACGAGAAGCUACAGACCUUUGCCUUCCCGUCAUCCAACAAAUUGCCACUGUUUGCUUUUGAGUACAAGAAUUUCCACAGCGAAGACGGCUGGGCUGUAUAUGAUCCCAUGAGCGAGUUGAAGAGACAGGGUGUGCCCAACGAGAGUUGGCGUAUCAGCAAGAUCAACGAGGGGCAUCAGUUCUGCGAUACCUACGCUGCUGUGUUUGCAGUACCAGCAGCAGCAGAUGAUGAGCUACUCAGACAGGUAGCCGCUUUCAGGAGUAAAAACAGAAUCCCUAUACUAUCGUGGAUUCACCCCCAGAGCCACGCCACCAUCACACGGUGCAGCCAGCCCCUGGUAGGCGUCGGCGGCCGACGAAGCAAAGAAGACGAGAAGUACAUCCAGAUGCUGCUGGAUGCCAACGCGCAGUCCCACAAACUGGUCAUCAUGGACGCCAGGCCUAGCGUCAAUGCUGUCGCCAACAAGGCCAAAGGAGGCGGUUAUGAAAACGAAGAUACGUAUCAGAAUGCUGAAGUCAUUUUCUUAGACAUCCACAACAUCCACGUCAUGAGAGAGAGUUUGCGUAAACUGAAGGACAUCUGUUAUCCCAGCAUAGACGAUCACCACUGGUUAUCCAACUUGGAAGCAACUCACUGGCUGGAACACAUCAAGAUGGUUCUCGCUGGCGCGGUGCGCAUCGCCGAUCGCAUCGAGAGCCAGAAGACGUCCGUCGUGGUCCACUGCAGCGACGGCUGGGACAGGACCUCCCAACUGACUGCCUUGGCCCUCCUGAUGCUGGAUCCUUUCUAUAGAACCAUCAGGGGGUUUGAGGUGCUGGUGGAGAAAGAGUGGAUCGAGGUCGGCCACAAAUUUGCUCAGCGCCAUGGUCAUGGAGAUAAGAAUCACGCCGAUGCAGAUCGCUCCCCCAUCUUCGCACAAUUCAUGGAUUGCGUCUGGCAGAUUACAGUACAAUUUCCCAAUGCGUUUGAGUUCAACGAGCAUUUCCUCAUCACCAUCUUGGACCAUCUGUACAGCUGCCUGUUUGGCACGUUCCUCUACAACUGCAUGAAGGAUCGCGUCAAGGAACAAGUGAAGACCAAGACCAUCUCCCUGUGGUCCUACAUCAACAGCAGCAAGGAGGAGUUCAGCAAUCCCAUGUACGCUGCCUACCAUCACCAGCACGUGCUGUUCCCUGUAGCCAGCAUGAGGCGCAUUGAGCUCUGGACGGGCUACUACAUCCGCUGGAACCCCAGGAUGAGACCUCAGGAGCCAAUCAACCAGAGGAACCGUGACCUGAUCGAGCUACGCUCCUUCCUUCAGAAGCAAGUCGAGGAGCUACAGAAGGAGAUCGAGGCCAGGGAUCUGGGAGUGCAAUCGGGUCAAGUGGGCGGCACCUCCUCACCGCCCAGGGUAGCCAGUCCCAUCAACGCUUAAUGCUUGAAACGGUCUCAUACGUCAUGUUUACCAAAUCUCUAUGGAUGAGGAACAAUCACUGGUGUAAACAGAAGUGGAGGAGUGUUUGGAAGUGGUGUUUUGUUUUUGGAAGUGGCUUUAUUGUCAAGUCAGUCACCAGUCAAACACAAGUCAUCCAGUCCUGAAUCCUACUACUGGAUAGCCAGUCUCACUAAUGCUUGGAGCUUCAAUGGUCUUGAACGUCGUGUUCAUCAAAAUCCCGAGAGGUUAUGGCAGACUCAAGACCUUAGGGGUCACCAUUGGGGGAGAAGUGUGUUUUGAGAAAGUGUUGGAGUCGAGUCCAUCACGUCAAUCCGGUUCGUUAGUAAAAACGUCAUACACGCGCGCCCACCAUGGAUUACUAGCGCUCAUUGGCUACAAACGCUCGAGCUGCGUUAACUUCCGGUUCCAAUCGUGCAGAAAGUGCUGGAGGUGACGUCACACUAACGAACCGGAUAGACAUCAUUCAGUACAUCAACUCAUACACUAUUCAAAAAUGUGAAAAUAAUUCUGGUUAUGAUUCUGCCCAUUAUCUUCCCUUUGUGAUGUUGACAACACGUCCUUUAUACACAAAACUGUCUAGAAAUGCCUGUAGUCACAAAACCUUAGAAAUCCCAGGACUCCAAUCGAGUUUCAGAUGAGCUCAAUGAGUUCUGAAGAGUUCAGAAUUGUUUGCGAAGUGACUGAAGCCCAGAGGUCGAGUCCUGACAUUUUAUAAUACAACAUGAAUCCUGAUGACGAGUCGCGAUGAGUCUUGAUGAGCUUCAGCGAGUAGUACUACUCAUCAAUUUGUAUAUACUCAAAAUCUCUGUGCUAAUUUUUACCUUGCCUGUUGCAUGUUUUUUUUAUGAGUAAUUUCCACAGCAGUGUUUGUAAAAUGCCGCGUAUCAUUCUGUGUAUUUAUUAUUUAACAAGUUUCAGAUCCAAGUCCGGAGCCAAUACCAAUUAUGUGGAACUGCGCUCAGGAGCUGAAGUCGUUUGAAUUUUAGGUUGGACUGCCUUUAUCAUCUGCAAGCAAAUUUGAAUCAGCGCUGAUUCAUCAACCAACAAAAACAGCUUUUUUGAUACUAUACAAAUAAUGACUGUUUAUGAGGGCGAUGGUGAGAAGAAUUUCAUGAGGUGACAGAUGGAAUGUUCCAUUCCACGAGGUGAAGCCUAGUGGAAGAGUCCAUUCGUCACCUCAUGAAAUUGUUCUUUUCAUAGCAUGAAUGUGAAACAUUCAAUAUUUGUUUUAUACAACGCCCAACUAAAUAUCCUUAUCAUUGGAAAUAUUUACCGUGGAUGGAACUUCUAUUUUUGCUGUGCGGCCGCGCCGUGCAUUGGAACGAGUAAUUGACAUGCGACAAUUACCAUAGCCUUAUAACAUGGGAUGAGGUAUAUGAUUUUACCCCACAAGUAAUAUUAAAUGGGUAAAAACUAUUUGUAAUGAACCGAAAAUGUAGAUAUUUAUUGUACUCAUCAUGUUUUAUACUUCGUGAAACUAUAUAUGUUCGUCCGCAACAAGUUUUUUCCUAUUGGAGUAGUUACUUGAUAUAGUCUUUUAGCAAUUGUAGAUUGGGCCAGUGUAUUUAUAAUCAGUGUAUGUUAGUCAGGGCAGCAACAUUAGUGUUUGAUUUAAACAUCUCUUCUAAAUUAUUCAUAAAAAAUGUAUCAAAUAUGACUUUCAGUCAACGUGUUGAUCGUGUAAAUAAAACAGAAGCCAAAA